GAUUUUUAUUUUGCUGCUGCUGCUGUUUUUGUUGUAGCUUACGUUCAAAAAUGUCUAGGUACCAGGGAUGAGGAACUAAGAAGGCCCGGGAUGGAGCCUUUGUGGCCUGGAGGCGACACCUUUACCGACGACUCCAAAAUCUUCGGCUCCACUCGGCUCCUCUUCGGCUGCAUUCGGUGGCCUCGCUUUCUCUCAGGCUCGGCUCUUUUCGACUAAAUUCGGCCCACGCUCGAUUUAGACUCGGCUCUCUUCGUUUAGUCUCACCAUCAUCACGGCCUCGGCUUUCCUCAGCCCCCUUCCUCCUGCCUAGGUCUCGGCCACGCCUCCUCUUCCGCUGCGUUCGUCUGGCCGCCGUGCUCGCAGUGUCGGCUCUCUUCGGCUGCGUCCGGCCAACAUUCGUCACAGCUCGGCUUUUUUCGCCUACAUUCGGCUGCGGCCCCGGAAGGGCGCUCAUGGAGCCGGGAUUUUCGGCUCGACGGAUCGCAAUGGCGCCGCUGCUAGAAUAUGAGAGGCAGCUGGUGCUGGAGCUGCUCGACACCGACGGGCUGGUCGUGUGCGCCCGAGGGCUCGGCGCGGACCGGCUCCUCUACCAUUUCCUCCGGCUACACUGCCACCCGGCCUGCCUGGUGCUGGUGCUCAACACGCAGCCAGCCGAGGAGGAGUAUUUUGUCAAUCAGCUGAAGAUAGAUGGCGUCGAUCACCUCCCUCGCCGCGUGACAAAUGAAAUCGCAAGUAACAGUCGCUAUGAGGUUUACACACAAGGUGGUGUUAUAUUUGCAACAAGUCGAAUUCUUGUGGUUGAUUUUUUGACUGAUAGAAUACCUUCAGAUUUAAUAACUGGCAUCUUGGUGUACAGAGCCCACCGAAUAAUCGAGUCUUGUCAGGAAGCAUUCAUUUUGCGCCUCUUUCGCCAGAAAAACAAACGCGGUUUUAUUAAAGCUUUCACAGACAACGCUGUCGCCUUUGAUACUGGUUUUUGUCAUGUGGAAAGAGUGAUGAGAAAUCUCUUUGUGAGGAAGCUGUAUCUGUGGCCUAGGUUCCACGUAGUGGUCAACUCAUUUUUAGAACAGCAUAAACCUGAAGUUGUAGAGAUUCAUGUUUCUAUGACACCUGCCAUGCUUGCCAUUCAAACUGCUAUACUGGAUAUUUUAAAUGCGUGUCUAAAGGAACUGAAAAGUCAUAACCCAUCCCUGGAAGUGGAAGAUUUAUCUUUAGAAAACGCUAUUGGGAAGCCUUUUGACAAGACAAUCCGCCAUUAUCUGGAUCCUUUGUGGCACCAGCUUGGAGCCAAGACUAAAUCCUUGGUUCAGGAUUUGAAGAUAUUGCGGACUUUGCUGCAGUAUCUCUCGCAAUAUGAUUGUGUCACAUUUCUUAAUCUUUUGGAAUCCCUGAGAGCAACAGAAAAGGCUUUUGGUCAAAAUUCAGGUUGGCUGUUUCUUGACUCCAGCACCUCAAUGUUCGUAAAUGCUCGAGCAAGGGUUUAUCAUAUUCCGGAUGCCAAAAUGAGUAAAAAGAGCAAAAUAUCUGAAAAAGUGGAGAUUAAGGAAGGACAAGAAGCAAAGAAGGAACUGGUCCUAGAAUGCAACCCAAAGUGGGAGGCAUUAACUGAAGUACUGAAAGAAAUCGAGGCAGAAAAUAAGGAGAGCGAAGCCCUUGGAGGCCCAGGUCAAGUUCUUAUCUGUGCGAGUGAUGACCGCACGUGCUCCCAGCUAAAGGACUACCUCACCACUGGGGCAGAGGCCUUCUUACUGCAGCUCUACAGGAAGGCAUUUGAGAAAGACAGCAAAGCCGAGGAAUUAUGGAUGAGAUUUAGAAAGGAGGAAGGUUCGAAGAGAACUACAAAAUCUAACAAAAGACCCAAAGACCUCCAACACAAAGAACGGGGUUCUGUCAAGGGAAAAAUCCCCAAAAAGAAAAAAAGAAGGUUGACUGUAACUCAGAUGAUAGGGAAAUCUGACGAAGUGGAUGAGGAAGAUGACGUCGAGGAGGGAUAUCCUAGAGACAUAAGCAAUAGCCCAGAAAUCUGCUUGGAAGAAAUCAAGCAUGAGGAAUUUGAUUUAAAUUUGUCGUCUGAUGCUGCUUAUGGACUCUUGAAAGAACCCCUCACCAUCAUCCAUCCGCUCCUGGGUUGCAGCGACCCCUAUGCUCUGACAAGGGUACUCCACGAGGUGGAACCAAGAUACGUGGUUCUGUAUGACGCGGAGCUCACAUUCGUCCGUCAGCUUGAAAUUUACAGGGCAAGCAGGCCGGGGAAACCUCUGAGGGUUUACUUUCUUAUAUAUGGUGGAUCAACAGAGGAACAACGUUAUCUCACUGCCCUGCGGAAAGAAAAGGAAGCUUUUGAAAAACUCAUAAGGGAAAAGGCUAGCAUGGUUGUUCCUGAAGAAAGGGAAGGCAGAGAUGACACCAAUCUGGACUUAGCAAGAGGUCCGGCAUCGACACACACCGCCGCAGACACGCGCAAAGCUGGUGGCCAGGAACAGAACGGCACGCAGCACAGCAUAGUUGUGGACAUGCGUGAAUUCCGAAGUGAGCUCCCAUCUCUGAUCCAUCGCCGGGGCAUUGACAUUGAACCUGUGACUUUAGAGGUUGGAGAUUACAUCCUGACGCCAGAAAUGUGCGUGGAGCGCAAGAGCAUCAGUGACUUGAUCGGCUCUCUGAAUAACGGCCGCCUGUACAGCCAGUGCAUCUCCAUGUCCCGCUAUUACAAGCGCCCUGUGCUUCUGAUCGAGUUUGACCCCAGCAAGCCCUUCUCUCUCACAGCCCGAGGUGCCUUAUUUCAGGAGAUCUCCAGCAGCGACAUCAGUUCCAAACUCACUCUUCUCACGCUUCACUUCCCCAGACUGCGCCUCCUCUGGUGCCCGUCCCCUCAUGCAACAGCAGAGCUGUUUGAGGAACUGAAACAAAAUAAGCCACAGCCCGAUGCCGCCACAGCCAUGGCCAUCACAGCAGAUUCUGAAACCCUGCCCGAGUCGGAAAAGUAUAAUCCUGGUCCCCAAGACUUCUUGUUAAAAAUGCCAGGGGUAAAUGCCAAAAACUGUCGCUCCUUGAUGAACCACGUUAAGAACAUUGCAGAAUUAGCAACCCUGUCACAAGACAAGCUCACAGGGCUUCUGGGGCACACCGCAAAUGCUAAGCAGCUUUAUGACUUCAUUCACACCCCUUACGCAGAAGUGGUGUCUAAAGGCAAAGUGAAAAAGUGAGCAGUGGUGGCUGUUUGAUCAUUGGUGACUGUGCUUUUCAACUGUUCUCUGCCAACCACACUAAGUCGUUAUGAAUUAUUUGUUCAGUGAUCCAUACUUCUCCAUUGCUCUUAAUGAUCGUACAUCUGCCUCCAAGGUCGGUGGAGCAGAAGCCGAGACUCCUCUCUGAACAGUGUGCUUAGGUAUCUUUAACUUUCGCUUGCCUGCUCUGCUCAUCCUACGUUGUCCCUGGCAGGCUUACUGUGCUCCAUUUUUAAAUGAGCUACGUCAAGAUCAGGGAGCGCUUCCGCCAAGUGUUUAUCGAAGACUGUUUUGAAGCGAGGAGAGGCAGCCACCUCUAAAACUGGCUGGCUAGGCUCACCCAAGUACAUGCAGUACAUGUUACAGCUCAGCUGUCCAAAAGCAUCUCCACACCCCUUUGUUUCAAAUGAGAUGAGUUAUUAAUUCACAAAAUUUGAUGGUGUAGGUGAAGGUGCCCUUAGAAUUCUGUUUCUGCAGAUGUUGAACCUCCUACAUCUCAAGAUUUCCAAGCCUAAGUGACCCGUUUCAGAGUUCCACAGAGCUCCUCUUCUCCCUGCUCUCAGUGAGCCCAGGACACCAUGCCACAUGCUCUGGCAUCGUCCCCUGGGCCUCACGUCACGGUGCAGAGCACCUCUGCCUUCCCUGUGUGAGGCUUCAGUGACAAGCAAGCGAGCUACCCAUCAAGCUUUCAAGAUUCCCUUGUCUUCCCUCUGCCCUCAGAUAGAAGGGUUGAAGGUAAAUGGAAGAUCAGUGUACAGAAUAUAUAAAAAUUCAAAAGACAUAUAUACAUAUAUUUAAAAAUCCAUAAAGAAACUAAUCUCAUUCUAAAUCUCCUGAUUGACUUAAGGUGGCUUUUUACUGCAGUGUACAUAGAGGACAUUCAUAGCAUCUCUGUGCCAUUUUUAACUUUGAUAUUUAAGCAUUAUUAACUUAGCUGUUACAUAUUGAGUAGUGAGCAGUAAAUUUCCUACCUCAGAAUUUUGACGUAGACAUGAAUUCUGCUAGCUGUGUCACAUAGUUCAGCAUUUCAUCCGUGUCAGCUGUUUUUUUGGUUUGUCGCACUGUACGGAGAUAGUGGACCUUGUAACAAAAAAUUGUCUUCAACUUUAACAGAAGCAGUGUAACUGGACCUCUCAGAUUAGCAUCUUGAUUUGUUGGUACUCAACAGUACCAUUGUCUAUCGGUAUCCAUAGUACCCUCCCAUGGUACCAAAAUGUGAGAUGCUUAAAUUCCUUAUGUAAAAUGCCAUAGUAUUUGCCUGUAACUUAGGCAUUUCCUCCUGUAUACUCCACAUCAUCUCCAGAUGACUGAUAAUACCUAGUACAAUGUAUAUUUUAUGUCAGUAGUUGUUACACUGUUUUGUUUAAGGAAUAGUGACAAAAAGUCUGUACAUGUUCGGUAGAGAUACAAGUUUUUCCCCAAAUGCUUUCAGUCCUCACUUGGUAGUAAAAGCCCAUGGAUCCAGAGCCUUUGCAUAGGGAAAGCCAACUGUGGGAAGAGUAUUAUCUCUGGAUAUACCGAUUGGGAACUCAGUGCUGGAGAUGGAGCUCAGUAUAAAUUUAUAAAUUACUUGCCUAAUAUGCACAAGGCCCUGGGCUCAGUCCCUAGCACUGCAAAACAAAAUCUAAAGUGUUUUAAACUGUAUGCAAGGUACUACAAGAACAACUUGAGGGGUCUCAAGAAUCAGAUUGGUUGCAGAACCCGGUAGCAGGGUGGCGAGGCUGUUUGUAUUAUUAAAAGCUCUAAAAGGUUCACCAUCACUGCUGUAAGAGGUGGAGAACAGGAAUGGUGACACAGGAAAAUUAGAUAAAGGUGAAACAAAGACUGGGCUGCUGAUUUUGUCCCAGAUGUAAAAAACAUACCCUCUGGAAUAGAAAAGAACUUUUGAAUGAUUACAGUAUGAAUUUUAACGCUCACUUUUAUAUUUCUUUUAUUGAAGAGUUCAGUCAUAGUUCAAAGGCCAUUAAAAUAGGCACCACUUCAGAUGGUAAUGAAUAUUACAUUCCUUCACCCUAGUCUAGCAUUUCUGCUUAUGGUAUAUAAUUUUUUUUUCAUAUAUAUUUUCACUUUACCUUCUAUUGCUGUUUCAUUACAUAAAACAAAAAUGUUAACAGCACAUUUUGCAAUGGGAGUUGCACUUCUAGUUCAGUUUUCAAAACUAAGCUCUUCUCAAAGCUACCAUUUUAAACAGCCCUUGUUAACUAGGAAAAACAUACAAAACACGAUUUACUUUUUGGGGGGAUACUGGGGACCGAACUUGGGACCUUGUGCUUG